AUGGCCCCACGAAAAAAUUGUCUACAUAAACAGCUCACCGUGGAGGUGUCCGCUCAUGCGGAUGAGGCUGGCUUCCAACAAGUAGACUGGAGACAACGAUACGCUGCAACAACCCCCUCUGGUCGUGCUCCGCCCAAGAGCCGAGCAACAUCCAAGCCAAAUGGUGAUGAGGCUCCUGAGGGUCAAAAUGCCAGCACACUUACUUCUAUAUUCCCUGCGCCGCUUGUCCUCCCAGGGGAUGAUCUAGCUCUAGACCCAGCCUCUCCACCUCAGAGUCUGGCCUCCUGGCUGAGAGGCAACUAUCGUAACAAGUUCACGCCCGACCGGAAGACGCUAUAUGUCGCCGACGUGCCAGCCGUGUCUCAAGAUGUCGACAUGGUGAACCAAUGGACGCAGAACAGCUUGGUGGGCAAGCAUGCAGCAGUGAAGGGGAAAGCAGACGCUCUGGACAACCUCAAGCCGCCAAAUCCAGACGACAUCCGAGACUACCUCGGGGCAUUUUACCACGGGAUGCCGGUCAAGAGUUUCAGCCAAACGCUGGAGUUCACGGCAUGGGAGACAGGGGAGAAACGCCGAACAAAGAAGGACGCCUCGUCGUCCUUCAUCGGCCUGCGUUGCGGCUCUUCCUGUACUCGCAUCCGGGCGAGGCCUUGCCCGGACGGCACAUUUCCCUACCAACUCAACCUAAACGACAUCUUGGAUGCCACCAUCGCAGCCCUGCCCGACGAUGCUUACGCGCUGCUGUUCCUCGUCGACCACGACCUCUACGAGGAUGACGACGACGACUUCUGCUGCGGCCGCGCAUACGGCGGGAGCCGCGUCGCAGUAGUCUCGUCGGCGCGGUACAACCCGGCACUGCUGCUGCGCAGCGAGCUCGACAGCAUCGAUCUGGCCCACACAUGGCCAGCAUCCCACUGCCAGUCCUACGUCUCCAAGCUGUGCGGCUUGGCGCCAGGGCCGACGCGGGGCAAGAAGCGCCGCCUGGACCAAGACGAAGACAAGGCCGCGGCCUCCCCGCUCCACGACGCCGUCCGCGCAUGCACCAGCGUCGCCGCGCGCAGCCUCGAGCCUGGUUCCCUCGGCGGAUUGUGGCUCUGUUUGCUCGCACGCACUGCCUCCCACGAGCUGGGCCACUGCCUCGGUUUUGGCCAUUGCGCCUAUUAUGCGUGUGUGAUGCAGGGCACAGCCGGCAUGGCCGAGGACUGUCGGCAGCCGCCGUACCUGUGCCUCGUGUGCCUGAAGAAACUCACGCACGCCGCGAGGGAAGCGGCAGCGUCGCCCGACUUUGACGAGACAGGGUAUGUGAUAGGACAUUACCAGGCUCUGGCUGGGCUCUGUGAGAAGUGGAAGCAAAUCGGCAUGUUUGCAGGGUAUAAGGCCUGGUUGGAUAACAUGACAGGCCGGCUGCGGGAUGCUUCUCUCAAGUUGUGA